ACAGCUCCCAGAGUGCUCUGCGCUGCACCGGCAGGAGACGGGCCAAGAUGGCGGCAGGAGAGGAGGAAGGGUCGGCGGCGGAGCCGGAGCAGGAGCCGGCGGCGGAGGAGUCGCGGAGCUUCAAGGACUUGGGAGUGACAGAUGUCCUGUGUGAAGCUUGUGACCAGUUGGGAUGGAAGGUGCCAACGAAGAUCCAGAUUGAGGCUAUUCCAGUGGCUCUCCAAGGCAGAGACGUCAUUGGACUGGCAGAAACUGGCUCUGGAAAAACAGGAGCCUUUGCUUUGCCAAUUCUUCAAGCACUGCUGGAAACACCUCAGCGAUUAUUUGCUCUUGUCCUCACACCAACAAGGGAGCUGGCCUUUCAAAUCUCAGAGCAGUUUGAAGCUCUUGGAUCUUCCAUCGGUGUUCAAACUACGGUUAUUGUGGGUGGAAUUGAUGCGAUGUCGCAAUCUCUGGCCUUAGCCAAGAAACCACAUGUUAUCAUUGCAACCCCUGGCCGUCUAGUUGAUCAUCUGGAGAACACAAAGGGCUUCAACUUACGAGCUCUGAAGUUCCUAGUGAUGGAUGAGGCUGACCGGAUUCUUAACAUGGAUUUCGAGACAGAGGUGGAUAAGAUAUUAAAAGUGAUUCCUCGAGACAGGAAGACAUUCUUGUUUUCUGCCACCAUGACCAAGAAGGUUCAAAAACUCCAGCGUGCUGCUCUGAAGAAUCCUGUUAAAUGUGCUGUUUCUUCCAAGUAUCAGACAGUUGAAAAACUGCAACAGUACUACAUUUUCAUCCCCUCCAAAUUCAAGGACAGCUACCUGGUUUAUAUCUUGAAUGAACUGGCUGGUAACUCUUUCAUGAUAUUCUGCAGUACAUGUAACAAUACUCAGAGGACUGCUCUACUGCUCCGCAACCUGGGCUUCACUGCCAUUCCCCUCCAUGGGCAGAUGAGUCAGAAUAAACGUUUGGGCUCUCUAAACAAGUUUAAGGCAAAGGCACGUUCUAUUCUGCUGGCCACUGAUGUUGCAAGCAGAGGUCUGGACAUCCCACAUGUGGAUGUGGUGAUAAACUUCGAUAUUCCUACACACUCUAAGGAUUACAUUCAUCGAGUUGGGAGAACAGCUCGAGCUGGGAGAUCUGGCAAAUCUAUCACCUUUGUCACACAGUAUGAUGUAGAGCUGUUCCAGCGCAUUGAACACCUGAUUGGCAAGAAGCUGCCAGCAUUCCCCAUGCAAGAGGAAGAAGUUAUGAUGCUGACAGAGCGUGUGGCUGAGGCCCAGAGGUUUGCUCGAAUGGAGCUGCGGGAGCAGGGAGAGAAGAAGCGAUCUAGGAAUGAUGAUGAUGACACAGAAGAGGCUAUUGGUGUCAGGAAUAAGGUGGCAGGAGGGAAAAAGAAGAAAAGGAAAGCCUUCUAGUUUGGUAUUUGAACAGACUUUUUUAAUUUUUCUUUUUAUGGCUAUCUGAGCUAUCAAAAACAGUCUACUAAGCCGCCUCCAGUGGAUUUUUUUUCAGAACUACAUAUGAAAUUUGGCAGUCCCUGAGGAAAAAAACUACUUUUCUUCUUCACCAUCUACAGACUGAGCUUGGCCCAUGUUGGUACCAUGAUACCAGUUUUCCUUUCAGGAACACACCAUCAGAGACCAUCACCUCUGGACCUGGAAGCAGCUGUGGUCUGGCCCUGUUCGUUCACUACGAAGCGCAGUGUGAGUGCAGCUUUUGCUCUGCUGCAGCCUGUCCCACUGUCCAAUCUCACUGAGCAUGUCUGGAGUCAGAUCUGUCAGAAGAAAGAGAGGAAAAAAUUAAAAAGAAGUGACUGAAUUUUCACAGCACAGCUAUGAUGCCCUUGCCUUGGUGAAGGGAUGUGUUACAUUGAGAACUCAAAAUAUAUUUUACUUAAUGUUAAAGCUACCUGGUUUUCUUUAUCUUGUUACUGACCUGUUCUGUUCAUUUUGUGUAUCAGCUCUGCCAGAAGGUUUUCUAGCAAUCCUAGCAAUUCAGAUGUGACAUCAAUACCUUAGAUUUGUCAGCUGAAGAGCGGUCCAACACAGAGAGAACGAGUUUCAGCAGGAUGAAACUAUUCACUGCUUGGAAUUCGAUCCAAUAUCUGUUGAUGAUUGACACCAUCAAGGAUAGGUCUGGGUUUUGGGUGGGGUUUUUGUGGCCGAUUCUCGUAGUAGUUACAUGUGAACACAAGAGGGGGCUAUUUACGUGGCAAAGCAACUGACAAGCUGGGAGGUGCAGAAAAACAGGUGUCUUGGAAAGCUCUUUGUUUCCCUAGGCAGGGAACUUUGUUACUCUUAGGCAGAGUUCCAUGCCGGAUAAGUAGACUUUUGCAAGAAUGAGAUAAAUUUACUUCAUAUAAAACCAGAAGGUUAUUGCUGGUACUCAUUGACAAUAAAAAUUUUCACACAGGAUGUUCCUGCUUGUAGGCAGAGAAGAGUGAGAAGCUUCUGCAUAUGUAAAUUUAUUGAGAACAUGAAAAUUUAAUGCCCAGUAGAUCCAUUCAUGAACUGGAUUUUAUGCUACAGAAAAAACAAUGUUCAGAAUAGUCCUUUUGAGAUCUAAAUGGAAAAUAGAAACUAUUGCAGUAGUCAAGAUGAGCACAAUGGUUAUUUCACACUGUCAGCAUAAAUCUAGUAUCAACAUGCAUGCUAGUCAAAAUGCUUUUACACUUUUGUUAGAGGCAGCACAUUUUGCAAGGAAAUGCCAGAAAACCUAGGUCUGUUUUUUCAUGAUGAACUGAGCUGGUCUUUGGAGCAAAAUAAGUGCCAGUGUUCUCACUCCUUAUUUAUGUUGUAGCAGUUUAAUUAAAUCUCCCAAGUAUCUUCAAGUCUGAUAUCUCUAAAAUGGUCUUAAGUCAGUGGCAGAUGGUAAGUGUACACAUCCUGGGUAUGUUCACUGCUAAGAGCACUUGUGUAAAGUAGAAAGUGUUUAUCUUCUCUGGGUCCUAACACAGAGGGGCAAGAGUGAAAGCCCAUAAAUGAGAACAUGUUAAUUCUACGAGGCCCUUUGCUAGCAAACCACACAGGUAAGAGGAAACAG